CUGACAUAAUAAACAAACAUCGGAUCAUCACAUUAAACAUCCAAUAUUGGUGGAGGGUUCAGUACAGUUUAUGAUUAAAUUACCUAACUGUCCAUUAUUUAGUGUGGGGCAGUUCUAUUUAUCAUCAUCAUUCUGCAUUAGAUUCCUGUCCUUACUUAAUUUGUGCUUGGUCAUCAUCUUGUAGUGAAAUUUUGUGAAAAUGUCGCUUAUUCAGAAUACUGGGAAACUUGCCGGUCGCACGGCUUAUAUUUCUGGAGCUAGCCGAGGGAUUGGUCGAGCAAUUGCCCUAAAAUUGGCAAAGGACAAGGUCAACAUCGUUGUCGCUGCGAAGACUGGUGAACCUCAUCCCAAACUUCCUGGAACGAUUUAUACCGUUGCGAAAGAAAUUGAAGAAGCUGGAGGACGAGCUCUCCCCUGUUUGGUGGAUAUUCGUGAUGAAAAACAAGUGGCUGAUUCCGUUCAAAAAGCAGUGGCAGAAUUUGGAGGAAUUGAUAUCGUCAUUAAUAAUGCCAGCGCCAUCAAUUUGACAAAGACGUUGGACACGGAUAUGAAACGAUACGACCUGAUGCAUCAAAUUAACUCACGUGGAACAUUCCUUGUAACAAAGAUGUGCCUUCCUUACUUGAAGAAGGGGAAGAAUCCACACAUUCUCAACCUUUCGCCCCCCUUGAGCUUGCAACCACGUUGGUUCCAAAACAACGUUGCCUACACCAUCGCGAAAUACAACAUGAGUCUCUACGCUUUUGGAUGGGCUGAAGAAUUUAAACCCGAGGGUAUCGCUGCCAAUUGUCUUUGGCCAGCAACCGGAAUAUACACGGCCGCCAUUGAAAUGCUUCUGGGUGGAGCUGACGCUAAAAGGCAGUGUCGAUCGCCCGACAUUAUUGCAGACGCUGCAUAUUCUAUUCUGUGCCGAGACAGCAAGCAAGCCACCGGAUAUUUCUACAUUGAUGAACAAGUAAUGAAGGAAGAAGGAAUCACUGACUUGACACCGUACCAAUAUGACAAGGAUGCUGAACUUAUGCCGGAUUUCUUCCUGGAAAGCCUUGAUACAGUUCACAGUAGCCAAUACAAAAUUCAGCUCACUGGAAAGGCAACCCCUGUAACGUCAGCCUCUUCGAUGGGCAAAUCUGCACCACCUCCAGCAGCUGCUGCUGCACCAUCUGGAGGAGGUGGCGAUGAAGGAGGCGAAAUUGUCCAAAUCUUUUCAAAAAUUAAAGGACUCGUGGAUCCCGAUAUGAUCAAGAAAACCAACGCUGUUUUCCAGUUUGAUGUGAAAGGUGACGACGGCGGCAUGUAUUUCCUGGACCUGAAGAAUGGUGAAGGAUCCACUGGAAAGGGUGAAUCCCCAAACAAAUCUGAUGUGACCAUUUCCGUUAGCCAAGCUGAUUUUGUGAAGCUGUUUUCUGGAAAACUUAGCCCCACUUCUGCAUACAUGAUGGGAAAACUUAAAGUUAAAGGCGACAUCACCAAAGCCAUGGUUCUAGACAAACUAAUGGGCAAACUUAAAUCCAAACUUUAAACCACAUCAAAUGAUCUACUUUAUGUUUGAUAUUCCGGAUACGGUUUAAAGAAAAAAAGUAUGAACAAAACAAUCACCACAAAUCAAAAAAUCUUUUGAAAUAUAUUUUCCUCAAGUUUAUCACGUAGAUUUUCAAUGUUUUGGAAGUAUAAUAAUUAUAAUGUUUCCCUAACGUAAAUAAAUCACAUUUGACUCAA